UACGCGACGAGCGCGUAUGCUUUGACUUUUCCCAUAAGCGGCUUGGAGGUUGAAUGUGAUGUGAUGUGAAAAGAUCCGUGAUCAUGCGAUAUCACAAUUCCUCGACCGACAUUCUCAUCUCGAUCCUGCCCAAAUCCUGACACUAGCAGUGAUAUUUCCGUACUGGGUACGGCGUGUACAACCUCGUGAGGACGUCAGUAGAAGGAUGUAGCCGGCAAAUUUUCUGCAUGUACUAUAUGCUGAAAUCCUAGAACCGGUACAGAGAAACAUUCCUCCAUCAGUUGACCAAUAUUUCGCCCCCCUUCUGUGUUUUGUUCCAAAUAUUACUCCCGCUACGCCUAAAGAUGCUUCGUAUCGGACCCUAUUCUGCCUGGGUGGUCGUCGAUGGUGCUGGCCUAGAAACUCACUGCGUUGAAGCAUCCCAUCAGAGCCGUACUACUAGCACAUCUGGAUGGAUUUCCUCUGAAGCCGGAAAGAAAUUUUCUGUUUACUGGAGUAACGCCGUCAGAGACGUCGAUCUUGAAGCCACUGUAUCCAUUGACGGUGUGGAAUGUAACCGCCAUGUCAUGUUGGCUGCAAGCGACUUCCCUCAUAAACCAGACACCGUUCGAGUCUCUUACACACGGACAUCGGAGUUUGCCCGUCGAGACUUCUUCUUCUCGGUCAUUCAAGUCGUUGACGACGAUGAAUAUUUACCUUCCGUUGAUUAUACCAAGUUCGGAGUGAUCACUCUUGAGCUCUGGCGGCUUCGCGUAAACCGUGUCGUCCGCCAGCAGCUCCAGUACGAUCCUCCCAAAAUACCCAUGUUGGAAUUUCAGGUCCUUCCUGAACAAACAAAGAAAGGGGGAACACACCAUGUUCGGUUCGGAAAAGAAUACAGCGCAUCACGACCUAUUGUAGACAUGGUCGAUGGACAGAAAUUGGACAAAGCACCCUACAUGUCGUUUUCAUUUAAAUACAGACCUCGAGGUUUGUCGGAAUUAAUUUCUCCUCCAAUUAUCCUCGUCAAAAUACCUUAGAUAUACUUUUGGCGCAAGGCGUAAUUGCCCCAAGAAUCGAUUACCCUGUUCCGACGAACAGAUUACUCUCAGCUCAGCGCCUCAAAGUUGUUACGGAAAAG